AUGAAAGCUGAUGAUCUUGACAUAUCUGAGGAAUUAGGCGGGUUCGGUGAUGAUGGCUUAGAUCUGGGCCCUGGAGGCGAGUUUAAUGGAUUUCGCCAAAGACGUGAUCAACUAAGAGCUCUCAGUUCCCUCCUGUGGCUCGUUAUCUACCAAAUUCCGAAGGAGCGUCUCCAAUAUUUCCGAUGGCAUCACUCUACAACAUGUUCGAAGCUGAGCAUGAAUCUAGUCGCGACCCGUCACGGCAAGAGUUUGAGGAACUUGCAACUCAACAACACCUGCGAAGGAUGGGCUGAAGGUAUUCAUACAUGCCACGCUCUGUCGACGCUCCAGAUUGCCGACCUUGACCAAUUUACCUCACCUGAUUGGGUCGUGCGCCUCGUGGCUCUGAAUUCGCCGGUCGGAGCUUUCCUAAAGCCUGGUCAUCGAAAGCAGUCUCAACUGGUCGACUCGCAGAGCAGUCGAUAG